ACUAAAAAGUCCAUUUUUGCCUCAACCAGUUGACUUAAAAAAAAUUAAAAGCAAGACAUGCUCAUGUGUAGAAAACUCAAACAGUAUAAGAAAGUGAAGGGUGAAAAGCGAAAACUUCUCCCACUCCUAGUCCAGCUCCCAAAGGUAAUCACUAUUAACACUCUUCAGAUUCUGCUCAUAAAUGAUUUCACAGUUAUAUACCCUUGCCUAACUACUUAAUUCUACCAAAUCUGAACCAGGGAAUCAUCCUAUACACAUUAUGCUGCACUUUACUUUUUCCACUUAAACCAUUUGGGAGCUCACCACAGAUCAUCAUUCUUUUUAAUAACUGUUAAGUACGUUAAUAUUUGUAACACACUUGGAACAAUGCUUGGUAUGUAGCAAGCCCUAUGUAUUUGUUAAAUAAAUGAGUGAAAAUUGGUGCACGGUAUUCCAUUAUAUGAGUAUACUCUGCUUUAUUUUACAGUUUGUGGAUACGUCUGUUGUGUUGGUUGCUAUAGCAAACAGUGCAGAAACAAACCUCGUUGUAUGUAUGUCUUGGAGACUGUACCUUGGGCAUGGCGAUCAGGCACUUAAUGCAGUCACAUUGGACACAGAGCCAAUGCAUUAAAAAGGAAAAGUUACUAAUUUAGGUAAAAGCAGGAAAUGGGACUGGAACUGGGAAUUUUGCCUGGGACGUAGAAUCAUAGAUUUAUAGAUCUUGGAUCUAGAAGGAACCAGAAGAGAUUGUUUGUUCCAGCCUUGUGACUUCUGGGCAGGGAAUGGGUUACACCUGUGGUUCCCAGGUUGCGCACUGAGCCCUGGGGAGCCGCACUGAACUUGCCUGGAAAAGUGUGUGUCUGGGAGCUGCGGGGUCUUUAAAAUCUUUGACAGGAAUAUUAAUAUUUGACAUCUCUCAGACACUGUGCAAACUACUAGCUCAAGAUAGUUUAUGGUUUAACAUUAAUCAUACUAAAUUCCCUUUGGCAAUGCUGUAUUUUGUGAAGCUGAGUUUUUGGCGGUUGCUAUGAUACAACAAGCAUCACACACAAAUGAACGGGGAAUAGGAAGCGAGCAGGGCAUCGUCUGAUCUGACUCCAAAGUUUGAAAAGUUGUGCAAUACCUCACAGUUGUACACAUGCCAUUAGUAAGUUUCUGGCUAAGAAUGAAAUACACAUUUUUUUCUUUCAAUUUGUACGUAUUAUUCCUUCAAACAGUUACUAAUUUCUUAGAACAUGAAUGCUUAUUAAACUGAAGCUAACUACGUAAUAAAUGGGACUGCUAGGUAUUUCUUUUGGCCUGGAGGGCUGUGAAAAAGUGACUGAGACACUAAGGGUGCUGUGAAUUUUAAAAGUUUGGGAACAACUGAUUUACAUCUUUAUCCAUCAGAACUCUUUGAGCUGCAAGUGAGAGAAACCAAACUGACACUGGCUUCAGCAAAGCUAGAGGAUUAUUCACCUGUAUACCUGGGAUGCCCCGCAUUGCAGAUGGUGUCAGACUGGCUGGGUUCAGAGUGAAGCAGCAUGGACGCCGUCAGCCAGGCCCCCAUGGAAGCCGUGCUCCCCAAGCACAUCCUGGACAUCUGGGUCAUUGUCCUCAUCAUCCUGGCCACCAUUGUCAUCAUGACGUCCUUGUUGCUGUGCCCGGCCACUGCGGUCAUCAUCUAUCGCAUGCGGACUCAUCCCGUCCUCAGUGGCGCUGUCUGAGAACCUCCCAAGAGGGGCAGGUGAAGGAUGAGGACAGCGUCCCCUCCCCCAGCUUCUUUCCCUUCCUCAGAAAAGCAGCAGGGAGGACUUCGGAGCGUAGACUUUGGAGUCUGAUCUGUGAGGAGACCUGAGUCUUGGUUUUGAUCCUGCCACUGGCCAGCUGCGUGAGUUCGGUGAAGGGACCUAAUUCUCUGAGUUCCAGGUUCCUUAUCUUCCAAAUGGGGAGCGUGAUCCCUGCCCGUCCUACCUCAUGGGGUGGUGAGAACCAAUGACCUAGCGGAGGUUAAAGCUGUUAGUGAGCAGAUACGCAGGUGUUAUCACUGAAUGCUGAGAAGCUUUGAAGAACCAAAGACCCUAAUUGCUGAUGAGGGCCUUCAAGGGAGACAUGGGCAGAGCAGCCUUUGCCAGUGCCCCUCAGGUGCAACCAAGCAAAGGCACCCUGUCCUCGUUCCAAGGGACCAACAGCAUGUGGCUCAAAGUUACUGUCUUUGAGGUGCCACCCCCUCGAGUUUUCUAAUUUGGGAGGGAACUGAGCAUAGCAGGAAGAGGGAGAUGGGUGGAUCUUCCCAGGAUGCCAGAAUCUCUGCCCCUGUGCAGUCUGGAGGGGGCCCUGCCAUUUCUUGGCAAUGCCAAGGGAGCUGGGCCGAUGGCUUCUUUCUCCACUGGAGUCCCAUGGCUUUGACACUCAGUGGGUGUUGGCAGAUGCAGGGUGGCUGAGAUCCCUGGCCAGCUUUCAGGCCCUCCAGCCCCAUCCCCUGUGUCCCCCUCUCCCCCAGCUCCUGCUAUAAUUAGCUCCGCCGCAUGGUGUGUCCUCCCUUCACUCCCUCCCACCAGCACUGCAACCAUUCCAAGAUACAGACUUAUAUUUUAAGAGAUGUUCCCAGCACUUUUGGAACUAACUCAAACAACAAUGUUUAUUUUAAACGCUAAAAUUUAUAUUUAUAUGUAUAGAGAGAUUUCUGGACCACUCAAGCUCUUUGACUAAAAUCAGGAGCAUGGGGGGGAUUUAUUAAGUUAUGUAAGAAGACAGCACAGAUACCAGGAUGCUAUUGUGUGAAAACAAAGCUUUACUUUGAUCUGAUUUCAUUGAUGUACACAACUAAUUUCCAGUAAAGUGCUAGAAUGAGCA